AUGGAUGAGGGGACGCUCUUUGCAGAGAUCGCCUCUACCUUAAAGUGGCGUAAACCGCGCGACGAGAAGUUCACCAUUAACACCGGGGUGUACAGUAUCUUCGACACUACUAUCCCGAUAACGCUGAGGAAGGAACGUCUACGGGCAGAUCUCCUAGAGUUCUGGCGGUUCAGUUUCCAGUAUGGGUUUGAGUUGACUGAUCAUCAGCGCCGAAAAUGUCUUAAGAGCCUUAACAAUGAGCAUACGCCGGACUAA